AUGUGUCAGGUCUUACAGCCUCCACCACUGCUGCUGCUGAUGCUGGGGAGAGUGCACCACAUCCAGGCGCUCCCUCCUCUCCUCCCACUGCGCUCCGCCCGCAACAAGCAGCCGUCCCCUCUCCUCCGGCUCGUCUCCGCAGAUCGCUCCCGUGCUGAGUCCGUACUCCCUCGAAUUACAAGAGACAGGAGCUUCUUGGGUCUCGGGUCUUUCUUCUUAUCGCUUCCAUCUUCCAUCUCUCUCUAUGUCAGGAUCCGAGACGGGCGCGCACGAAGCUCCGCUGUAGCAGCGGGAGCAGAUGUUUUGAGAAGCACAGCCAAUCACAGUUGUCAUCCUUCCCCUGAUGCUAAAAGCUCCGCACUCACCAGAAGGCACCGGGCUGCAGAUUACGACCGGAUUUAA